AUGAUAUCCCCCUUGAUCCUGUGGGCGAGAGCACACCAGAAGCAGACACAGGAUGAGGGCCCGCCAGGUGAGGCUGACAUUGUUACGCCCGUUGUUCAGUGUUUGUGUGCUCUUGGUGGGUGCAACCGUGUAAACAGUGAGAAUCUUAUGCGGCCCACACAAAGGGAUGAAGAGGGCAACAACAACUUGAUCAUUCAUGCAAUGCAUCGUAGGCGUCUGUACCUUCACUAUGCACGGGAGCUUUCCCAGUUUUCUGAUGCGCACGAAUACUAUCGCUUGAUGAUGUGGUGCCAUGACCAGCGUGUUUUUAUUCAUCCCGCAUUGUGCGUGCGCAGGCAGCCAACUUCGUACCGUGAUCACGUUUUCACUGUCUCGCAGGACGUUGACCGGCUGACCCCACUGCUUGCCAUCCCGGAGGAGCUUGUUAUUGGGUUUAAGGACAUCAGUAACGAGGAGGAGUUUGAGAACAACUUGAGGAAUGAGAAAUUGGAAAGGGAGUUCAAUGAACUGAACUCCGGCGAAGGGACCGACACCGAUGUGUGUCGUUUCUUCUUUGCCUCACUCGGUAUGAUUGUUUCGGAUCUUGUGGCCGCGAAAAGUAGCCCCCUCACGGAUCCUCGAUGGGUCUUUGCGGAACUUCUUGGAAAGGUGCGAACGCUCAAAAAUGCGCCCUACUUUGAGGAUGAUGUGGUCUUAGACCCCGAGGCAACAGGACUGGCGGAUGUGUUGCUGCAGAUGAUUCGCAACUACAUCAAUGGGGGACCGCUUGUAGGCAAAUUAGACCGUGCGGAGCUUCGAUGGGCCGUAAGUGUCUCUCUGUCGCACUCCACACCCCUUGUCAUUGCGUCUACGAGGUCUAUUGGCAUGAUACCCAUUGUCCACCUGUUUCCACAUGGUGGGAAGGAGACGAAUUCCUUUCUUGUUUGCCGCACGAGCCGACCGGCCUCCACGGAGCGCAUCGCGGCGUAUUUUAGUAAACAUCAUGGCUAUGACUUUAUGCGUGACAGAGAUGGAAAGUGGAUCUACCUUGUCCCCUCCUGCCCCCUGCGGUCUGGGGAGGAGGUUCGACUGCAGGCCAUGGCCCCCGUCUGUGGGAACAACUUGGAAGCCGAGAAAAUGUGGCGACUCUCAUGUGCUACAGCUCCUGAGGAAUACAUGACUUCUUCUGCCGUAGCGCAAAUGCAGCAGCGCCUUACACGUGAACUCAUCGAAGGUGGAGAAGCUAUCCUCACCCAAGGGCGUGAUUAUGCACCAUCGUGA